UAUAAAACGAGCCAAGAUGAAACUAUGUUCGCUGGCUUUUGUUCCGAAGGUAGACUACAACUGUAACGUCGACUAUCCAACUACCACACUGAGAAGGAAUCACCAUGGGAAAGAUUGACCCAGUUUUUGUCCAGGAACCGGAACACAGGCCGAAAUUAAGUGCAAUCGAAGUGGAGGAAAUCCCAGUAAUCGACCUGUCGGUUUUUGACACUGGAGAAACCAAACAACUUGCUUCAGAGAUUGGAAAUGCAUGCAAAAACUGGGGAUUUUUUCAAGUGAUCAAUCAUGGGGUGCCUUUGGAAUUACGCCGCAGGGUUGAGAAGGUGGCUAAAUCGUUCUUUGAUCUGCCCAUAGAGGAAAAGAGAAAGUCCAAACGAGACGAAUUGAAUUUUACGGGGUACCAUGACAAGGAGCAUACUAAGAAUGUCAGAGACUGGAAGGAGGUUUUUGAUAUGUUGAUCCAGGACCCGACCCUGCUCCCAGCAUCGCCAGAGCCUGAUGAUGAGGAAAUAAGAACGUACUCUAACAAGUGGCCUGAGUAUCCCCCUGAGUUUAGGGAGACAUGCCAGGAGUAUUCUAGAGAGGUGGAAAAACUGGCUUUCAAGUUGUUGGAACUCAUUUCUCUAAGCUUAGGUUUGCCUGCUAAUCGGUUAAGUGACUACUUUAAACACCAGACUGGUAUGCUGAGGAUUAAUUACUAUCCUCCUUGCCCUUCCCCUGAGCUGGCCCUUGGCGUUGGUCGACAUAGGGAUGGUGGUGCCUUAACUGUCCUUGCUCAGGAUGAUGUUGGAGGGUUACAAAUUAAGAGGCAAUCAGAUGGGGAAUGGAUUCCUGUCAAACCAAUCCCAAAUGCCUACAUCAUUAAUAUUGCUGAUUCUCUUCAGGUUUGGAGUAAUGAUCUUUACGUGAGUGCUGAGCACAGAGUGGUGGUGAAUUCUGAAAGGGAAAGAUUUUCUAUUCCAUUCUUCUUCUUCCCUUCCCACUAUGUCACAGUGAAGCCUCUAGAGGAGCUACUGAAUGAGCAAAAUCCAGCAAAAUACAAAGAAUAUAACUGGGGCAAGUAUUAUGUUAAUAGAACCGGCAGUAACUACAAGAAACUUGAUGCUGAAAACGUUCAAAUUGAUCAUUUAAGCGUCUGAGUAAUUGUUGCAGUAUAAGCUUGCUUCAAAAAUAGUACUGCUAAUACUUGUUUUCAUUUCAGCUCGAAAUUGUCAUGAUAUAAUAAACAGGCUUUUGUAUCAUAUGGAAAUAUGCCUUGAUCUGUUUUAGCUGGAAGACUAUGUAAGUCUUAAAUUGAAUCAGAAAUACUGCUGGAGCAUGGUGGAUUGUUUUCAUAUAAUUUCAUGAAUUGAUGUCAUUUUAUGAGGGAUUUUGGAAGGAUUCUUAAUCCUUUCAUUUAUGGGUUUCUUCUCGCCAAUUCAUCUUCCUCUUUAGA